GCAUUAUAGCGCUGUUCGGAUAAACGCAUCGAAGUUUUUUGAGAAUUUUAUUUUUCGAAAUAUUUUAAAGGAUAACGAUAAUAGAGUAAAAAUUAGAAAUAAAAUAGCAAGAAAUAUUACGGUUACACCUAAUUUCCCCUCCAAUUUUUCGUCCUUUUUGUUUUGUCCGUUUCUCUCUCUUCCCCCUCCAAGGCACAAGCUUUUGGAGGUCCCAUGGAGUUUCCCCUUUCUCUCUUCUCUUCUCAAUGAUCCUGAAAUUAUUUUUUUUCUUUUCUUUUUUCUUCCUAAAACCCAAAAAUGUUGUAGUUCGUUGAAAUUAGCUGGAAACAUAAGGAAAAUAAAUUUCAUUUGGUUUUGGAAUUUAGUUGAAGGUUUGGGUUUCUAGGGUUUCUGAGAGGAAAAACUAAAAGGAGAAGAAAAUUCCGGUAUAGUUUUUUUUUUUUUUUUUGGGUGGUGUUAGUGAAAAAUGCCGCCACAUCGAUCCAAGUCGGAGAAAAACGACGGCAUGGCGAAGCAGCUUCGUCGAGAUCCCUACGAGGUGCUUGGUGUCGCGAGGAACUCUACGGAUCAGGAAAUUAAGAGCGCGUACCGGAAAAUGGCUCUCAAGUAUCAUCCUGAUAAGAAUGCAAAUGAUCCUGUUGCAGCUGAUAUGUUCAAGGAGGUCACAUUUUCUUAUAAUAUCUUGUCUGAUCCAGAUAAAAGACGCCAGUAUGACACAGCUGGUUUUGAGGCUGUUGAAGCAGAUAACCAAGAAUUGGAGCUAGAUCUUUCAAGUUUGGGGGCUGUGAACACCAUGUUUGCUGCACUUUUUAGUAAACUUGGUGUGCCAAUUAAGACCACUGUAUCUGCAACUGUUCUGGAGGAGGCACUUAAUGGUGUGGUCACAAUUUGUCCACUUUUUCUGUGGCAACCUGUUUCCAGAAAGGUUGAGAAACAACGUGCUCACUUCUACUCUUUCACAAUAACAGAAGAGGAAGCAAGAGAAGGGUUUGUUUGCCGAGUGCAAUCAUCUGAUAAAAGCAAGUUCAAGUUAUUGUAUUUUGAUCUAGAAGAAAACGGUGGAUUAAGCCUUUCACUGCAGGAGGACAGUGCAAAAACAGGAAAAGUUACAUCUGCUGGAAUGUAUUUUCUUGGCUUCCCUGUCUAUCGCUUGGAUCAAACGGUUAACUCAGUAGCUGCUGCAAAGGAUCCUGACACAGCUUUCUUCAAAAAACUGGAUGGAUUUCAACCAUGUGAAAUAACUGAAUUAAAACCGGGCAGACAUGUAUUUGCUGUUUAUGGUGACAACUUUUUUAAAAGUGUAAGCUACACAAUAGAAGCUAUAUGUGCUACCUCUUUCAUUGAGGAAAAGGAGAAUCUUAGAACAGUGGAAGCGGAGAUUCUGUCCAAACGAGUGGAACUGUCAAAGUUUGAAACUGAAUACAGAGAGGUCUUGGCACAAUUUACCGAGAUGACAAGCAGAUAUACAAAGGAAAUGCAAGAGAUUGAUGAGCUUCUCAAACAAAGGAAUGAGAUUCAUGCCUCAUACACAACUGUUCCUCCAAUUAAGCGAAGUUCAAGUAGGAACAAGAGUAAGGGUGCCUCCAAGGAGGCCAAAGAAGAUGGCGAAGUGAGAGACAGGAAACAUUAUAUGCGGGAUAGAACUAAGAAGAAGAAAUGGUAUAAUAUCCAAUUAAAAGUUGACAAGAGAAAGCCAUGCUGAACUGGUUAUAAAGAAGUCAGCAACCUUUGGGUUCUACAAAUCAUCUGUUUCUGCCCCCAUAAUUUAUUGCAGUGGUUCAACAUAUUUGCAGGCAAGUACGGCACCGCACCAUAAUAUGUUGACCAUGGAAUGAAGAUGGUUAAGAUAUAAUUUAACCAUUUCUUCAGCAUGUCAAGGAUGACAACUCAUUGUUAUUGUAAAAUUCUUUCUUUUUUCCCCCUUUUUUCCUAGGUCUUAACUUGUUAUUUUUCCCCUUUUGUAUUCUCAACAAGAAUACUUGUAAAUUGCAUAAAAUUAAUUUUCAAGAUUCUCUUUUGAUCAACUCGUUGCACCGGUUGUAUUUUUCAGUUAAAGAAAUGGCAGUCUAUUACUACCUCCUUGGCCUACUCUCUUUCCUGUUGCCGGA